AUGCUCCUCCCCUCCUCCUCCGGCGGCGGCAGCGGCGCCGCCGCCGCCGCCUUCAAGACCUACUUGCAGACCUGCGCCACCCUGCUGGACAAGUGCCUCGCCGGCGGCUCCCUCGCCGGUGGGCAGGCCAUCCACGCCCACGCCAUCAAAACCGGCAUCUCCUCCCUCCGCCCCCUUCCGGCCAAGUUCCUGACCAUCUACUCCGCAGCCGGGGGCGCCGGCGACUGCGCCGCCGCCCUCCGGGAGAGCUGCCUCAGCAGUGGCGGCUUCGACCUCCUCUCCUGGAACGUCACCAUCGCCGCCUGGGUGAGGAACGGGGAGCUCGCCGCCGCCCGCCGCCUGUUCGACGCCAUGCCCGAGAGGAACGACAUCUCCUGGACCCUGAUGAUCGACGGCUCCAUGAAGUCCGGCAAGGUCUCCGACGGCGUCGCCUUCCUCCGGGGAUGCCCUUCUCCGACGGUGGUCUCAUGGACGGCGGCGAUGGCGGGGCUCGUCCAGAACGGGCACCCCUUCCAUGCCCUCGAGCUCUUCCACGGUAUGCUCAUGGCCGGCGUGGCGCCGAACGAGAUCACCUUCACCGCUGCCGUCAGGGCCUCCAUCGCCGCCGGCAGGUUCGACCUGGGGAGGAACAUCGUCGGCUCCAUCGUCAAAACCGGGUACGAGAGCUUCCUCUCCAUCUCCAACUCCCUGAUCACCCUGCACACCAGGAUGAAGGAUCUCGCCUCCGCGAGGCAGAUUUUCGAUCGAAUGAAGACGAAGGACGUGGUCUCCUGGACCGCCAUGCUCGACCUCUACUUCCAGGAAGGAGAUUUAAGAGGCGCCCGCAAAGCGUUCGACGAAAUGCCCCACAAGAACGAGGUCUCAUGGAGCUUGAUGGUGGCGAGGCAUAACCAGGCGGGGCAGGCCAUGGAAGCUCUCAAGCUCUUCGAACGCAUGUUCUGCGCCGGUCUCCGCCCCACUCUGUCGUCUCUCUCCGCCGCCAUCAGCGCCGCCGGCGGGAAUGAGGCUCUGCUUUUGGGGAGCACCCUCCAUGGUUGCUCCAUCAAGCUCGGGAUCGACGACAGCGACUUCAUCUCGAGCUCCCUGAUCGACAUGUACUGCAAGUGCGGGAGGCCCGAGGAAGGGCGCCGCGUCUUCGACGUCGCACCGGAGAAGAAGAACUUGAUUUGCUGGAACGCCAUGGUUUCCGGGUACUGCAGGAACGGGAGCUUCCCUGAUGCCAUGGAGCUGUUCGAGAGAAUGCCGCAGAGAAACAGAGCUUCCUGGAAUGGCCUGAUUUCAGGGCUUAUCUUAGGCGAGGCGUACGACGAGGCGGUAGAGCUCUUUAGGGAGAUGCUAGCGUCGGGGGAGGCCCCCAGCGCGUUGACUUUAUCGAGCGUUCUCCGUGGUUGUGCGGGAUCUUCGGCGUUGGAGAAGGGGAGGGCCGUCCACUGCUUGGUCGCCAAGCUGGGCCUGCAAGAUGAUCUCUUCAUGGGCACGGCGUUGACCGACAUGUACGCCAAGUCCGGGGACAUUGCUAACUCCAAGAGGGUCUUCUCCCUGAUGGGGGAGAAGAACGAGGCCUCGUGGAGCGCCGCCAUCCAUGGCUUCGCUGCCAAUGGGCUCGCAGAGGAGGCGCUUCUUCUCUUCGAGGACGCGGUGGAGGCGAUGGAGGUCCCCACAGGGAGCCUGUUCCUGUCGGUGCUUUCUGCUUGUGCUCAUGGUGGGCUGGUGGAGAAAGGGCUCCGCUACUUUGGGCUGAUGAGGGCGCACGGCCUGGUGCCAGCGGAGAAGCACUAUGCUUGCCUGGUUGACUUGCUGGCACGGGCUGGGAGGCUGCGUGUGGCGGAGAGGCUCGCCGGCAAGGGGGGAGCUGGUGCUUGGGCAGCGCUGCUGAGCGCCUGCCGGGGGCGGGUGGAGGAGGAGGUGGUGGCGGAGAGGGCGGCUGUGAGGUUGAGGGAGAUGGAGGAGGGUGAUCCCCGGAGCUAUGUCCUGCUCUCCAGUGUAUACGCUGGUGUUGGCAGGUGGGAGGAUGCAGAGAGGGUGAGGGCUUUAAUGGGUCCAGCCGGGGUGAGGAAGGGCAAAGGUUGUAGUUGGGUUGUGGGGAAAGGAAGGCGGUCCCAUAGGUUCGUCUGUGGGGAUGUUUCUCACGAGAGGGGACAUGAGAUAUAUGAGAUGUUGGAGCUCUUAAUGUCAGAGAUGAGCCCCUGUUUAGUGGCUUAG